AUGCCACCGCAAAGCAGGGGCGACAAGCCUUCGAAGCCUCCGCCACUACCUUUGCCAGCAGGUUUCCAGUCGAAGUCGACUCCCAACCUCCCUACCCUUCGAUCACUUGCCGGACAUGGCCAGACUGAUAGCAAUACGAAUGCGUUGCCAAAUCCACUCAAUCCAAGCACGGCUGCGGGAGAUGAUAUUCUUCCCUCGGGUCGCAAGUCCAUAGAUGAUGUAUCCGUGGACUCUUCGAUCGAGCCGCCAUCACUGUCACCUACCUCAAGCGAGAACGACGAUGUUUCAGAAGAGGAGGAAGAUGGGCACGUAUCGAGCCUGCCCACCAAGCCAUCGCUUCGUCACCAUCAAUACUCUCGGUCAUACACAUAUCUUUCACCUUCAACUUUCGCUCCGCCUUUCUACAAUCGACCACGAACACCACUACCCCCAUCUCCCUCCUUGACAUCCCUUCUCCGACCGUCCUUCACGAGUAGACCUACGACACCCGACCCGUCAAGCGAUGAAGGAGGAGUACCACCGAUACGAGCCGAUCAUACUGGCACUCAAACACCGAACUCCGCCGCUGCGUCAACUUUGACGAGCACAUUCCGAUCAGCAAAGCCCAUACCACGAGCGAGUCCGAAAGUACCGACAUAUGAGUACUAUGGCUUCACGCUAUAUCUCACCAGUAGUUUGGUGUUCAUAGCAUAUGUCCUCUGGUCCUUUUUACCUUCGCCGUUCUUACAUCAGCUCGGCAUCUACUACUACCCGAAUCGCUGGUGGGCCUUGGCCGUGCCUGCCUGGACGGUCAUGUUCCUAGUCUACAUCUACGUCGCGCUGGCAUCGUACAAUACUGGCUACCUCACCAAGCCGAUGAACAGCGUGGAGUGUCUGGUGGACGAGGCUGCGAAUAUUGCUGUGGUAGAUGCUCAAGGGAGGAUUGUCAGAGAUGAUAGGCCUUCGUGGCAGGUUGACGAUAAGGCUGGACAUGGUACGAGGAAGGGUAAGGGCAAGCAUGGUGGGCAUAGUCGCCAGACUAGUCUUACGAAAGCUCAGAUGAAUUCUGAGUUGGAUUGGAGGAGUUUGUGGAAUGAGGGGACGGAUGCUGUUAUGGAUAUACCGCUUGGUGGUGUUUGUGAGAUAUUGUAUGGGCAGCCUGAGGACGAGCAUGGGUGA